UAUUUCCAAACUCAUCGCUUCACCUUUGAAUUAUCUUUUCGGAGAAUAAAAAAUUAUCAUUUCAUUACCCAUUGUCGUAAAAUUUUCGCAAUAAAGAUACCUAAUUUAUUCUUAAAUUUGAGCGACAAUAAGCUCAUUAAAUGCAUAUUCAUCGAUAACACAAUUUCGCCUGAUAAAACACGUGCAACUGCGUUCGUUCGGCGAAGAAAAAAAUGUAAAUAGCUCAUUCUCUUUCUCCGUUUAUUGCACUGAAUCGUUGGUCGGCUUUCAAAAACGACGGUACAAACGUGAUUGAAAAACUGCGUUGCGUGUGUGUGUGUGUGAACCGUGCGCAAUGCCAUUUGACAAAUGCGGUUCAAAUAUUCCGUGAGCGAUGACAGUCGCUACUGUCAAAUGUGUUUUCUUGCUGGAUUCAAGUAAAACUUGAGAGAUAGUAUAAACAUUGGCCAUCAAUGAAACCAUAAAAGAAAUUAAAGUCGCUUGUGACGUGUUUUUUCCAGUGCCGGCAUUUAUACACACGUCAAAAUUGUGGAGUCAUAUUUGUUGAGUUGAUAAAAGUGAAGUAAAACAAUGAAUCGAUUAAGCCGCUUGUUACCAGUUUACAGGUUAUGUAGUAGCCCACCAAGAACUCAGUAUCCAGUGUACUUGGGAUUGCGAUAUCAGCCGCGAUACUAUGCAGAAUUACCGAGAAUGAAACGGCCGGGCGAAGGUAAAGGUCCAAUUACAUGGAAAACAUUAAAAUAUAUGGCUAUCGGAACUAUCGCUGCGCUUGGCGUGUUGAAGUAUUUGGAAGCACAAAAAGAUGCAGAAAGAGAAAAAGAGCGAAAGAAGACAAUAGGAAAGGCAGCUAUUGGGGGACCAUGGGAAUUGUUGACGACGUCGGGUGAUGUGAAAAAAUCAUCCGAUUUUCACGGUAAAUGGGUUCUCAUCUACUUUGGAUUCACACAUUGCCCAGACGUGUGUCCAGAUGAAUUGGAAAAAAUGUCCGGCGUUGUUGAUGAUUUAGAAAAGAAAAACAUUCAAAUCCAACCACUAUUCAUAACCGUCGAUCCAGAGCGUGAUACAAAGGAUGUGCUUGAAAAGUAUAUCAAGGAAUUUUCAUCGAAAAUGAUUGGAUUGACUGGAACGAAGGAGCAAAUUGGCGCAGUGUGUAAAAAAUUCCGAGUUUAUUUCAGUGCCGGACCAAAAGACAAGGAUAAUGAUUACAUUGUCGACCAUACGAUAGUGCUGUAUUUAAUCAAUCCAAAGGGUGAAUUCGUCGAUUAUUUCGGCCAGAAUAAGAAACGAAACGAAGUUACUGAUGAAAUAUUGUUUACGGUUGCAAAAUAUAAAGCGAAAAAUUAAAUCUAAUCAAUUACAUGCAAUGUAACACUAUUUAAUGAUCCAAUAGAUAUAAAAACAAACAUGUUGAUUGAAA